AUGGUGUCUCCCCUGCCAGCCCGCCCGCCGCAGCAGGACGGCGGCGGCGUGGAGGGGCCGGUGGUCCCCUACGAGCACUACGCGACGGUGGCCGGGAAGGGCCCGAAGAGCUCGGCCGGCGGCGGCCGCUGGGAGGUGGUGCGGAAGGGCCGGCGGCCCGCGGGCGGCGCCGGCAGCCGCCGGGCCCUGGGCGAGGCCAACGCUGGCCGCGCGCUGCCUCUGGCCGCUCCAAUUGCUACCUCAGACACGAUCUUUGAGUUGGGGUUUGAGAAGACUGUGAAGAAGCAGAACAAAGAGCAGGUCCCUCCUGCUUCUGCACCUGAGCAGCAGCACAGGAAACAUAACGCAGGGAAGAGUGCGAAGAAGUCAUCAGCAAGUGAUGCCGGGCUCAAGCAAGGCAAAUUCCGAACGCUGGAGGAAGCUCUGAAAGCGCUCGAUCUGGCAGAUCUUCAGAAGGAGCUGGAUAAAAGCCAGAACAUGUUUCCCGAGAACCCAUCUGUCUGGGUUAAAGACCUGGCUGGCUAUCUCAACUAUAAGCUGCAGGCCCCUAAGAGUGAUCCCAUGCUCAGUCAGCACACUCAUGAUUAUCCUUACUGUCUCGUGAACAAAGAGCUGAAGAAUAUCAUCAAAUCCCUGCUGGGAAGAUCCUCCAGUGUGCUGGAGCUCUUCUUCGAUCACUGUAUUUAUACAAUGCUACAGGAGUUGGACAAAACUCCAGGUGAGUCUUUGCACGGUUACAGGAUCUGCAUUCAGGCAGUGCUGCUGGACCGGCCUAAAAUUGCAACGAUGAACUUGGGCAAGUACUUGGAGGUGUUACGGUCCCACCAGAACAGGCCAACAAAAUGCCUUACAAUCCUGUGGGCUCUGGGACAAGCUGGAUUCACAGACCUCACUGAAGGCCUGAAAGUGUGGCUCGGUGUUAUGCUUCCAGUGCUCGGAAUCAAGUCUCUCUCCCCGUAUGCUGUUGCCUACCUGGACCGACUGCUGACGAUGCACCCAAAUCUGACCAAAGGGUUUGGUAUGAUUGGACCCAAGGACUUCUUCCCCCUCUUGGACUUUGCCUUCAUGCCCAACAACUCAUUGUCGCCCAGCCUGCAGGAGCAGUUACGGCAGCUGUAUCCCCGGCUGAAAGUACUGGCGUUUGGCGCUAAACCAGAGACGACGCUGCACACCUACUUCCCUUCCUUCCUUUCCCGAGCUACGCCAAGCUGUCCACCUGACAUGAAAAAAGAGCUUCUGAACUCCAUGAGCCAGUGCCUGAGUGUGGACCCUCUGAGCUUCAGCGUCUGGAGGCAGCUGUACACCAAGCACCUCUCUCAGUCCAGUCUGCUUCUGAACCAUCUACUGGAGUCUUGGGACAGUGGCAGCAAGAAGGUGCGACAGUCCCUGCAGGAAACGGUUCGUUCGUUCAAAGUAACUAAUGAAGAACUUGCUGCAAGAGGGCCAAACAGGGACCAGGAUGUAGCAGCCUGUGAUGCUGCUUGCAAGAACCUGCUGCACAAGAUGAAGGGCCGUGGCUUCCCAUGGUCUCGGCUGCUGCUUGUAAUCCUGGUCUUUGCAGCUGGCUUCCUAAUGCAUGAUGUCCGGACGCAAGGGUCUUUCCAGGCCUCCUCUUCUGCUCGCAUACUUCAUUCUUCUGGCAUCCUGUCUAUCUCACAGCAAGCCUGGCAUAAAGUUUCCCACUACUCCCUUGAAGGAUACAGGUGGUUGGAGAGGAAUGUACCUGUUUAUUACUCCCAAGUGGUAACCGUGUUGGAACCAAAUCUGAAGCUGCUUUGGGCAAAGACCAGCGAGACAGCUCUGUAUCUUUCUGAGAAAUGUUCUUCUCAGUUAUCUUGGAUCAAAGACAACCUGCCCUGGUUUAUUGAAUGGCUCCAGUCUCGGAUCCCAGAUUCCAUGCUGCACUUUGCAGAGUGCAUCAAAGAGCUGUUACUCUUCCUCAUAAGGAGCUGCCUGCUGCCACUGCUGGAAUAUGUAGCUGCAGCACUGGAGCGGGGAUGGAAGCACUGUGUGGACUCCUGCAAUGGAGAAGUGUCGUGGGACUGCAUGAGAGAACAUCUGACAAGCUUUACCUAUUCCUCUUGGAUUUAUCUGCAAAACACAACCAUAGCUGUCAAAAACUGGGCUUUGGCUAUGAUUUCUGGACACUAAUCUGCUUUCUGGAGAAGCGGGGACAUGGUCAAGCCAUUUCCUGAUGUUCUGAUGAUGGAGGAGUGUCUCAGCUGUGCGUUUCCAGUGCAGCUUGCACUGGCUGUGGGGUAGAGAGGUGAUAAAGGAGAUGCACACAGGGACUUCAGGCCGGACUCAGGGCUCGCAGGGGAGGCUUUUACCUGGAAGAUAACAUGCCUGGGUUUUAUGCACCCUGAGAAUUAGCUUUGGCUUUUCCUGUCCCACUUUCCUCUCUCUAGGUCUCAAUGGGGUAAGUGAUCUGCUUACUGUUCUGUGCUUUGCUGUCUGCAAGUGGGUCUGCCCUGCUGCCCUGAAACAUCAAACAAUCAGGUGUUGACACCCGGACGUCUCAUCAGCCUGCCCGAGGCUUGCACAGACUCUGCCCUUUCUCCAUCCACUGCUCAGGCAGCUGCUGGGGAGCUAGCGUCCUGGGUAAAUGAACCGGACUGAUUUUCCUUUUAAUCGGUGCAUGUACUUUUUGUUCCUAAUUGAAGAUAUGUCAGAAGCACAUUGACUUGACCAGUCCCUUCAGCCCUCUGUGGCUGGAUGUUCCCAGGCCUCUUACUGGGUUUCUCCAGUACCUCCUGUUAAGAACAGGCUCCAAAAGACAAAACACUUACUGCCCCUGUAUGUGCCACUUGCAGCAACUUCAGUCCCUGAAAAACACUGUUUACAGUGUCACAGUUGUUUACAGCAGAGCUCUAGCCUGGGUCUCUUCCCCCCCUCCCCAUCCACCCCCUACCAGCUCAGGGGCUGCCAUUGCAGCUCUCAAAAUGCUGUGAAAUUGGGCAAGAGCAGCUGGCCGUGCACGUGUGUUUGGGCCGCAGAGGUCAGCAGCAGCACCCCAGCUCAGCCCGAGCGCCCGCCUGGGUGGUGAGGCGGGAGCUGCACGCUUCCCCCGCGCGCUCUGGCCUGUGCUGCUCCUCAACGGGCUCAUCUAGCUCGGAAGUGGCCUGUGAGCAAAUGCUGCCAGCCAAAGAGUUUCAGUCGGCCGCAGGGAGCGGUGCCCCGCAGGGGCGCGGGCCGAGCUGCGCCGCGGCCGGCACGCGGAGCCCUUCCAGCCCGUCCUGCUCCGGCAGCUCUGCGGGCAGGAGCCCGGGCUCGGCAGCCCGGCUGUGCUGGGCUCUGCCUCCCCGCUGCCCGGGGCUCCCUCCGCGAGGCAGGGCUCGCUCACCGGCCUGCUUUGCUGGGCUCGAGGGCCCCGCGCGGCGGGAGCCGCCUGGAGCUCCGGGGCCUUUCGUCGGGCUGCCAGGGCGGGAGCUGCUUGCGGCAGCCUCCCCCCCCCCCCUCCCCGGGGUUGGGGCACCAAAAAGCAUCUGGGGCAGCGGGACUGGGUGCAGAUGCACCUACACAAGCCAUAUUGCAGGAGCGGGGCUGGACGGGGGCUGCUCCGGGGCCUGUUUUGCUGCCCGUGCCCCAGCGGCCCCCGGCUCUUUCUCGCCGGGGAUGGGGGCUGCUGGUUGGCGCUGGCGCGCGGCUGCGUCCUGCGCGCUGCUGCCGCCCUGGGCGUCCUUCACGCCGCGGGCUGAGCCCGGCCGCUCUCCUGGCCCCAGCAGCACGCCCAGGGCGCUAGUGAAACUGUACAGGCCUCUUCCCAAAGAAAUAAAGGGAGAUUUUCGA